GCCAUCUCUCCGCCUCCGCCCCGGCUUCUCCUCAGGGCGCGGCUUCACCAAGGGCUACCGCGCACGCGCCGCGCCCCGUUCCCGCCCAACCGCCGCCGCCGCGUCUCGCGAGAUCGUCGGGGCCGGUGUCAUGGCGGCGGCUGCUGAGGAGCUGGAGGUGGAUAUCGAAGGGGACCCGGCAGCUGUGCCUGGAGAGACGGCGCCCGGAGAUGAUGAAAACACAGCUUCAGGCCUGCUGCAGGAUCAUUAUCUUGAUUCAUCUUGGAGAACUGACAACAGUCUCCCAUGGACGUUGGAUAGCAGCAUUAGUGAAGAAAACAGGGCUGUCAUUGAGAAAAUGUUGAUGGAAGAAGAAUAUUAUUUAUCUAAUAAAUCACUUUCUGAAAAAAUAUGGCUCAAUCAAAAGGAAGUGGAGAAAAGAUCUAUGAAAAGCCCACAUAAGAAAACUGGAAAAGUCAUGGUGCGAUCACCUGCAAAAUCAGCUAGCUACUCGUUGAAGUGGACGUCUGAAGAGAAAGAACUGUUUGAACAAGGACUGGUGAAGUUUGGCCGCCGGUGGACGAAAAUUGCCAAGUUGAUUGGAAGUCGUACUGUUCUACAAGUAAAGAGCUAUGCUCGGCAGUAUUUUAAGAACAAGGCAAAAAAUGGUGACUCUCAAAAAGAAGAGCAAAGUCAGCGUGGGAGCAGCCUUCCCAUUGAAGAUGGGAUAAGGGUAGAAGCAUGGUCAUCUGGGGUCUUGAGAGGCCGUGCAGACCCCAAUCUGAAUGCCGUGAAAAUUGAGAAGUUGUCAGAUGAUGAGGAAGUAGACAUAACUGAUGACAUGGAUGAAAUACUUUCUCCUACCUUCCAGCAAGAAACUGGAAAAUCUGAAUCAUCUAUUUCAAAAAGUCCAGUUGAAGAAACAAAGGGAGUGGAACACGCUUUUUCACCUGUGGGACACAGUUCUGCAGCUUCUUUACCUAAAGAAGAUCCUCAACAUACCAAGCAAGAUACAGUGGAUGCCUUAGUAUUUCCAGGUGUCGCUGCAACAUGUUCUCAGCACCUGAAUGGUGAUAAAUCUGUGAGUUUAGAUUACCACCAAUACAAUAAUUUUAUUGAGAAAGCUGAACAAGGCAGACUAGUAACAUCUCGUGGUACUAGACCGGUAACUGACCAGGAGCUUAAUGAGGAACAGAGAGACCUGGCUGAUAAUGGAUUGCUUUUUCCUUCUCCCUGCCAAGUGGAUGAGGAUCAUCAAGAAGAAGCAGAGGAGCUUAAGCCACCUGAUCAAGAAGUGGAGGUUGACAGAAGCAUCAUUCUGGAAGAAGAAAAGCAAGCUAUUCCUGAAUUUUUUGAAGGGCGGCAGGCCAAAACACCAGAGCGUUAUUUGAAAAUUAGGAAUUAUAUUUUGGAUCAAUGGGAGAGAUGUAAACCCAAAUACCUGAAUAAGACUUCUGUACGUCCAGGCCUGAAGAACUGCGGUGAUGUUAAUUGCAUUGGACGGAUCCACACCUACUUGGAAUUAAUAGGAGCAAUUAACUUUGGCUGUGAACAGGCUGUCUAUAACCGGCCCCAACCAGCUGAUAAAACACGAUCCAAAGAAGGCAAAGACACAGUGGAGGCAUACCAGCUUGCUCAGCGCUUGCAAUCCAUGCGUACAAGAAGACGGCGCGUGCGAGACCCUUGGGGAAACUGGUGUGAUGCAAAGGAUUUGGAAGGACAAACAUUUGAGCAUCUAUCGGCCGAAGAAUUAGCAAGAAGAAGAGAGGAAGAAAAACUGAAACCUGCAAAAUCUUCUAAAGGUUCGAGACAAAUAAAAAGUUCCUUUGAUCCCUUUCAGCUGAUACCGUGCUGUUUGUUCACUGAAGAAAAACAGGAACCUUUUCAAGUGAAAGUGUCUUCCGAAGCACUUUUAAUAAUGGAUUUGGUUUGUGCAGCAGAGCCGUGCAAUAGUCUCAGUACAGGACUGCAGUGCGAGAUGGAUCCCGUAUCUCAGACGCAGGCCUCGGAAACGCUGGCUGCCAGAGGGUACAGUGUUAUCGGGUGGUACCAUUCCCACCCGGCCUUUGACCCCAACCCCUCCAUACGAGAUAUUGACACUCAAGCUAAAUACCAGAGUUAUUUCUCCAGGGGUGGUGCCAUGUUCAUUGGAAUGAUUAUAAGUCCUUACAACCGAAAUAAUCCUCUUCCAUAUUCCCAGAUUACUUGUCUAGUCAUUAGUGACGAGAUCAGUUCUGAUGGUUCCUACCGCCUGCCCUACAAAUUCGAAGUACAGCAGAUGCUGGAGGAACCUCAGUGGGAAUUAGUAUUUGAAAAAACGAGGUGGAUAAUUGAAAAAUACAGAUUCUGCCAUAGCAGCGUCCCCAUGGAUAAAAUUUUUCAUAGAGAUUCUGACCUGACUUGUUUGCAGAAACUUUUGGAGUGCAUGAGGAAGACUUUGGGCAAGGUAACAAACUGCUUCAUUGCUGAAGAGUUCCUGACUCAGAUAGAAAACUUAUUCCUUUCCACGUACAAGAGUGAGCAAAAGAGUAAUGCCGAAGAAAAUGGGGAUGCAUGUUCAAAUGAAUUGCCAGUCUGAUGGCUUUAACAAAACACAGUUAUGGAAUUCUGAUUUUAUUUUUUCAUUUUCUUUCUCUCCUCCCCAUUAUGUCAGCUUUUGCAGAAUUAUUGUCUGUUUUAGUAGUAACUGUUAAAGAAUCCAGUGUCAUCUUAUUGUUACGGUUUAAACAUACUUUGAAAAACCCCUAACGUGUGUGGGCUGACUACAUGAGGAAUACUUAAUUCUAAUGUUUUGUAAAAAAACGAGUGCCACAGUAUUGAUUGACCAACAGUCUGCUGUUUUGGAAGAAGGACAACCUGUUGAGAAUACUGUGCUUUAGUUUCCAAGGGGAGUUUGUCCUCUCUCAAGUCUUCCAGUUUAGGAAUUUUUUCUUGGUUUUUGUCUACAGGUACACAUCUAACUCGGGAUGAUUUUUUUCCUUAAUGCUUUAGAGAUUAUAAAUUUGAAUUAAUUCACAAAAGAGAAACUGAAAUGAAAAUAUUGUAGCUCACUGAUUUCAAACUUUCCUGAUAUCCGGUCUGAAGUUUUAUUCAGUUGUUGUUUAAUACAUCAUCUGAUUUUUUUUUUUAAUCCCCCCCCGAUCCCUGUGAUCAAGUAGCUUUUUGGCAUCUUCUUUGCUGUCUUGCUUCUGUAUCGGGGAGGAAAAGCUGGCAAGUUCUCCUGACUUCUCAGUAGUGGUUGUGCUUGUUUCCAGUGGAAAUGAUAACUCCUGUCUUAUUGCAGGUUGCAAUCUUUCUGAUCUUCCAUUCUGUGGGGAGGUGUUACGUUGUCCUGCCAGAUCGCUGUGGUUUGGCCUCUUCUCAUUGCCGCUGUUUCCUGUGGAAACAAGAGCUCUUGACUGAUGGCAAACUGAGGGCAACAAGCAGAAAAGUAUUUGUCUUUUUAAAGAAAAAACCCACCAACUUUUAUAUUGAGUCUUCUCUAUAACGUGCAGUUCAAUAAAAGUACACUGCUUUUUGUCAGUUCUUCAGUUAGCAUUUCGUACAAGUAUAUAUUCAUAUAAAUUAGUCAUAGGAGGAUUGAUCUUGAUCGAGAAGUUUCUCGAUCGCAGCUUGGCAGUGUUUCCUGAGCUGUAUCACUUUAAACCUUUACAGAAAAAAUGCGCUUAAAUUUUGCUUUUGAAGUCAUGAGGAAACCUGACUUGUACACAGUUACAACUAUUUACACAGAUUUAUCUUGGGCAGAGUUUUUCAGCGAGGUCUGAAAUAUAUUUGAAAGGAUAAAGCAAGCAAGACCUUGACUUUAUAUCUAGAGGGGGGUGACAAUGGACUUGGUUCAGAUUUUAAAAAAACCUAUAUGUGCGUAUAUCUAGUUCUACGUAACAUAAAAGGAAUUUUAAGAUUUUAUAUGUUUACAUUUUUAACUUCAUCUUUUCAUUUGUAUAAAGAGUUUGAAAAGCUUUAAAAUUGUAGAGCUGCAUCCCAAGGAGGGAACUCCUUCCCAGGAAGUUAACAGGACUUUGUUUGUCACGCCUCAUAAAACGUUAGGCUCUUUCUCCGUGGACGGUGCAGAACCCAAUUUUAGGAAAAUGUGAGCCCUUGAUGCUCAGUGGUUCUCCCAGUGCAGAUUAAAGAGCUGCGGGCUUAAAAAUACUGGGGAGGGUCUGUGCUCUCUUCUGUGUUCGGAUCUGCUGGUGGGUGCAGCUUCACAUCCCGCUACUGUGUAUCAUGUACAAACUUGGUGUAUCCAUCUACAGAAGGCAUGUUGACUCGGUCUGCAUAUACUCUACAGUGUCAUCUUUGGGACUUGCUAAUCAAAAAUCCUGCAUGGCUUUCUGUAUUUCUAGUUUAAACUACGCUCCUGGUGAGACAGCAUUCCUUCCCUGCUUAGCUCAGAGUGGUCUGCAGCGUCAGGUAUUCUUUUGCAGUUCUGCGGAGGUUACUCUAGAAAAAUCACCCACAGUAUAAAUGUGUGUACUAAAAGCUGUAAUUAGUUCUGAUUUGUAGGAAGAUAAUUUUGAUCCUCUUGUGUAACAGAAGUAUGAGGUAGGUAACGUUUGUUGUCCACAUAUGGUCUGUUUCCAGCGACUUCAGGAUGGAGGUCGGUAUUACUCAGGUAGUGGUAACUGUGCUGGCUGCUUCUCUCUUUAAUGACUAAAAUUACUGAAGAAAGACAGUUGUUGUAUUGGAUUUAACAGCGAUGUUGCACAAGGCAAGUUUUGAGUAAAACAUGCUUUUGAAGCAGUUUGUCUCUUGAGAAGAAGACCUGGUGCACUAUGGAGCAUUUGAUGUGCACACUCAGGCUCCGGAUUUUAGAGUUCAUUAGCAGGCUGGUGUGAGCGGAAAUGCAACUGCUAGUACCAGCGUAACCCAGUACUGUCACGCGGUGUUGUAUGUGAGUUGGAAGUAGCACAUUUGUGAUGCUAAGUAAUAAUUCUAUCGGCAGGAGCCGUGGUAAGAAAAUGACUUAACCUGCUUUUCAUAAUUUAUUUUGACUGUGUGGUUAACCAUAUGAGUUUGGAAGUUGCAUGCUUCUAAGGAGAUAAAAAGCUAUUUUACUAAUAUUACCAGUUCUGCUACCAAAUACAUAUAAGACAUUAAAUAGUUUUCUUGCAGAACUAAUUUUUUUUUUCUGUCCAGCUUUUCUUUUCACGCGAGCUUUGUUUGUGUACCUCUCGCAGACUAAUCUGCCCUUUCUUUAUGUAAGACCAGCUGUUGUGCCUUGCCAAGUUGUUGCUCAGGAGGUGGGAAACGUUGGAGUACCAAAUGGAAUGAUACAGUUUAAACUGGAAGAGCCAACAGUUUAAAAGUUAAACAAAGGGGAAAACCCAAACCCCCCACCCCCCAUGGUAUUUGCCAGAAGUGACAUCCUUUAUGAGUGUUGACUGAGUCAAGUAUCAGCAGUGCGUCACCGGGAUACGUGCCUCGGGGUCCAGGGGAGGUGAAGGGAAGGCCCUUUUAUUUUUUUAUUUAAUAAGUAAUUUUCCGAGAACAAUUCAGUUGAAGAAAACAAACAAAGCCCUGAAACAAACAAAACCAGACCUCAAACCAGCUGAACAAAAAAGGUUGACACUUGCCAUUGUUAUUAAGUACCUUUUCCCUUUUGCUUGCUGCUUUGGUGUUCCUGACGUGGUCGAGUCUGCUAAUAAAGACUGUAUAUGCAGUACCCUGA